CAAGACCCAACAUGGCGACAUGCAGUGUACACAUGGCUGUGUAGGUAAUACUUUCGGUAACUCAACGCGAAGUUUUCAACUUAUUGGAACUGAUUUCAAGCAGUAGUGCCAGUGAGUGUUACAACACUAGUGCCCAACACAAGGAGGGGCUUCAGGAAAAGCAGAUACGGAUGCUUCGACGUCUAUCAGCUUCUCUAGCUAGAAUUAUCAAGAAGACAGCAAAUAUGGCAGAGGCACUGGACCUUAGUAAACAUGCUUCCCCAGAGCUAGGUAUGGAGAAGAGGCCGUUGGAGAAGGACGAGAAAGAUGCCCCUGACGAACAACCUGCACAGAAGAAAGUCAAACAAGAGCAGCAGGUUGCCCCCAUGCAGGGUCGGGCAGACAGGAAGAGGAAGGUGGCCAUCUUGCUGGCCUACUGUGGUAAAGGAUACUACGGUAUUCAAAGAAACAAAGGAUUUGACACCAUCGAGGAGGAAUUGCUGAAAGCGCUACUCAAGAACGAGCUCAUUCCACAGGAACAUUUUGACUGUCCUCAGAAGAUGUCCUUCCAGCGAGCAGCCCGAACUGACAAGGGUGUCUCAGCCGUGGGAAAUGUGGUGUCACUGAAGAUGUUGCUCAAUCAGGACACUUUAGUGGACAACAUCAAUGCAAGCUUGCCACCACAAAUCAGGGUUAUUGCCUACAGGAGAGCGACGAAAGCCUUCAACAGUAAGAACCAGUGUGGUGGCCGAACAUACGCCUACAUGACGCCAACGUACGCGUUUGCACCGCUCAAGAAGUUCAUAACAGCAGAAUAUAGAAUCACAGAGGAUAUCAUCACAGAGGUCAACAGAAUUCUUGCUAUGUACAAGGGAACUCACAACUUCCACAACUUUACCUCCGGCAUAAAACCUGAUGAUCCUAGCGCCAAGAGAUAUAUCAUUAGUUUUGAGUGUGGCCAGCCGUUUGUAACAGAUGGCACCGAGUUUGUUGUCUUGAGGGUCAAAGGGCAGAGCUUCAUGCUUCAUCAUAUACGGAAAAUGAUCGGACUGAUGAUAGCCAUUGUGAAAGGCUACUGUGGCGAGGAGGUGAUGGAGAAAGCAUGGCAGCCGGACAAGGUUGAUGUACCGAAGGCCCCUGGAGUUGGUCUCAUGCUGGAGCAGCUCCAUUAUGACGGCUACAACAAGAGGUUUGGCAAAGAUGGAAUGCACGAAGCGCUGGACUGGUCAGAAUACGAGGACGUGCUGGAAAAUUUCAAAAAGGAGCAUAUUCUCUCCCACAUAGUCAAGUCUGAGAUAGAGGAAAGUGUUAUGUUGAAGUGGCUCGGGACGAUGCACUUCCACAAGUUUGACAUAAAGGAAGAGGAAGUGCCUCGGUGGAAAAUGUUCAAAAUCUAUGGUGAUCUCUCAAAGGAAAAGGGGGGCAAGAAACAAGAUGGUACCGAUGACUCGUCCGAUUCCGCAGACUUGACCGACAGUGGAACAACAUUGAACAAGGACAACACAGUAGCAGCUGGGGAUGCUACAGUCGUCACGGAGGACAAAUCAGAGAUGAUCAUGUCAGGUGAAACCAAAACUCAGGAUCCCAAAUCAGAGGAGACAACAUCGGAUGCCAAAGGUGAGGAGUCAGGUGUCAAAUCUGGUACAGUGACAGACUCCAACUCCAAGAACUGUGGUGAAAAGGUAGACACCAGUCCAGGCAGCGUUGUCCAGAGCUGAUGAUUCAAGCCGCGGGGAAAGAAGCAAGCUUGGGGUUGAAUAUGCAUCAUUGAGGUCAUGUUAAUAAGGGGCGGUCAGGUAGCCUAGUGGUUAAAGCGUGCGCUCAUCACGCUGAAGACCCGGGUUUGAUUCCCGACAUGGGUACAAUGUGUGAAGCCCAUUUCUGGUGUCCCCCGCCGUGAUAUUGCUGGAAUAUUGCUAAAAGCGGCUUUAAAACCAUACUCACUCACUCAUGUUAAUUAGAAUGUGAGCCCCAUCCUCGAUUAUCCAGGGAUAUAUCUUCAUUCUAUGAUGAUUAAUACCCUGGAUCCAUUUGCCAUCACGUCUUCUGAAAAUGACAUAAGCUUUUCAAUCUCUCAUCACUAACUUCUCUUGGGAGUGUUAUUUGAUUGGAUGGCUGUUUUGGACGUCUUGUUAUUCACAUCAUGCUUAAGGCAGAACUAUGGAUCUAGGGUAUAUGCAGUGGAGAUAUAAUAUCCAUGCAUCAAGGAUGCUCGAACCAACUCCCACUUACACGGCCUUAUAUACUCACCACUAAAAGAAACGUGAACUAUACCAAAAUGUACGUUUAGAUGUUUCCAAUGUGUACCACUUAAUGACAAAACUAAUCUCUUGAAAAUGAGCUGUUCUUCAUAUAUAAACCAACUUGUAUGGUAUUCAUGUUUCUUUUGGCGGUGAGUAUAGAAAGUACCAUUUAGGUCAAAAGAAAUUAUUUGCAAUAAAUGAACUUUUUAAUCGCUUCAUAUUUAUUACACCCCAUGAAACAUUUGAUGGCUGUUUGUGUUAAGAUACCUUUAUAUAACAAAAUUUCAAGAUAUGAUUUAAUUAUAUUUUAUCUUGUCAGCUAAAUGUAUGAAUCUUCUAAAAAUACCGUAUUCGACUGAAUAAGCGCCCAGAGUGAUAUUUGCUACGAUAUUGGCUAGUGAACAAUCCCAAUUAGCACCCCUUCCGAUUGAUCAAUGUACACAAGACUUAUUUAUUCAUGUAUUAUACUCGUACUGGUGUGUUAUAUGGGCGAUUAAAUUCUGGAAAAUAUAUCUCGUGUAAAAUACGCACAGACUUUUCUUUUGUAUCAUUUCAGGCUGUCAGCUUAAACCACAAAAUUUUACAAUCUUUCAACUUUACCAAAAUUAUAUUCUAAUAAGAGCACCCUGGGUGCUUAAUAUGUCGAAUACGGUACAUCCUUUUUCUUAAAAAUUUCCACGCCAAGUGCAACUAUUUGGAGGAUGUAUAUCAUGUGGAUGGAUAUAAGAAGUAUUUGUGCAAUGAGGGACCAUGGAGUCCAACAUUAUCUGUAUAUAUGUCAUUGUAAUAAAACAUCCUGAAGAGAG